AUGUUCAAAAAAUUUGCUAAAAAGUCAUCAAACGAGGAUUCCAUCUCUAAAGAGAAAUUGAUAGAGAUUGAAAAGCCUAUAAAAGAAUUACCUUCAUCUAUAACUGCCCCAAAAGAGAAAGAAUUAAGCGAUGAUCAGGAGAAGAUGUAUAUAAAAGUGUUGCAACACUUUCAAGAUCCAGAGUUGAAAAUCCGUUUGACCGAGAAAGGUGGCUCUGAGGAUAAGGAGGGUUUAAUCGAUGAAGAAAAGGCUUGGUUAACUAGAGAGUGCUUCUUGCGUUAUUUGAGAGCCACCAAAUGGAAUUUACAGGAUUGUAUUGAUAGAAUUUGCUCUUCAUUGGCCUGGAGAAGAGAAUUCGGUAUCAGCCACUUUGGUGAAGAGAAUGGGGAUGAGCUAACUGGUGACGAGGUAGCAGUUGAGAAUGAAUCCGGUAAACAAGUAGUUUUGGGUUAUGAAAAUGAUGCACGUCCCAUUCUAUACUUGAAACCAGGCAGGCAAAACACGAAAACCUCCCACAGGCAAGUUAAACACUUGGUUUUCAUGUUAGAAAGGGUGAUCGAUUUCAUGCCAGUCGGACAGGAUUCGCUAGCAUUACUGAUAGAUUUCAAAGAAUAUCCAGAUGUGCCAAAGGUAGCAGGGAAUAGUAAAAUCCCUCCACUAGGUGUCGGUAAGGAAGUUUUACAUAUUUUACAAACUCAUUAUCCUGAAAGAUUGGGUAAGGCCCUUCUGACCAAUAUACCUUGGUUGGCAUGGACUUUCUUGAAAUUGAUUCACCCUUUCAUUGAUCCUUUGACACGUGAAAAAUUAGUAUUUGAUGAACCUUUUACUGAAUACGUUCCAAUGGAUGAAUUAGAUAAACUUUAUGGCGGGUACUUAGAUUUCACAUACAAGCAUAAAAUUUAUUGGCCUACACUAAUCGAGUACUCACGUGAAAAGAGGGAACACUACCUAAGUAGAUUCCAAAAGUUUGGCAGUAAAGUUGGAUUAAGUGAAUAUGAUUUAAGAGGCAAUCAUGAUAACUUACUUUUCCCCGUUAAUAAGUAA